AUGCUUUUCGAAAUGUUCUAUAUGAGGCGAACUGUUAACAGGAAUCGCAGAGCGGAACAGCAAGAGCAAUAUGCUCAGAGCCAAUAUCAAUAUGAUCCGGGAGACUCCCCGUCGAGACCUACAUCGAGCCUUCGACACGCGCCUACCAUCCCCCCACCGGUAGCAUCCUCAGCCGAUCUACCGCACUAUGCGUCUCGCCCCGGUUCGCCUACGCGCCCUUGGUCACCGUCCCGCGCACCCAACUGGAGCGGACCGCCAGCCCCUCCGUCCGUGGUCAGCUCGCAUUAUGAGCGUGCAGACCUCAACGGCAGCCCUAGGCCGGGAACUCCGAGUUCGAGAUACGGGGGCAGUCCCAGACGACCGCUUCCCCCAGCACCACUGUUUGCACCCCCCGUCGGCUAUGACGCGAGUAUUCCCAUUGGCAACUCAGACGAGGAUGUGUUUGGCGGUGGUGGCCGCAGUACCGACCCCCACUUUGACAACCGCGCCAGCCUGCAGUCGUUCAUGAGCGAAUCGACGAUCAUCACGGACGAUAAGGACGCAAUGGCGAAGAUCGACUUGGACGACGAAUACGACGAACGCGGAGAACUUGUCGAUCCGAACUUGCAUUACGGCCCACCCCCGGAGAAGCAGAGCCGCCGCGGUGUCCGAGAAGCCCAGAUGUCGAAGAAGGAAGUGCAGCUCAUCAACGGCGAACUCAUUCUGGAGUGUAAAAUCCCGACAAUCCUGCACAGCUUCCUGCCCCGGCGAGAUGACCGCGAAUUCACGCACAUGCGAUACACCGCUGUGACUUGCGACCCAGACGACUACAUCCAGCGAGGAUACAAACUCCGUCAACAGAUUGGCACGACUAUGCGGGAGACCGAACUGUUCAUCUGCAUCACCAUGUACAACGAAGAUGAGAUUGGCUUCACUCGCACCAUGCAUGGUGUCAUGCGGAAUAUCAGCCACUUUUGUUCACGCUCCAAGUCCCGAACAUGGGGUAAGGAUGGAUGGAAGAAGAUCGUCGUGUGCAUCAUCGCAGACGGACGAAAGAAGGUCCAUCCCCGGACGCUCAAUGCUCUCGCAGCCCUGGGUGUCUACCAGGAGGGCAUUGCCAAGAACGUGGUCAAUCAGAAGGAAGUCCAAGCCCACGUUUAUGAGUACACGACGCAAGUAUCCCUUGACUCGGAUCUGAAAUUCAAGGGAGCUGAGAAGGGCAUGACGCCCUGUCAGAUUAUCUUUUGUCUCAAGGAGCACAACAAGAAGAAGUUAAACUCCCACCGUUGGUUCUUCAACGCGUUUGGGCGGGCCCUGCAGCCCAAUAUCUGCAUUCUUCUGGACGUCGGGACCCGGCCAGAGUCCACGGCGCUCUACCACUUGUGGAAAGCAUUCGAUCAGGAUUCAAAUGUAGCCGGAGCUGCUGGAGAGAUCAAGGCGGGCAAGGGUAAAAACAUGAGAGGCCUCCUCAACCCACUGGUUGCGAGUCAGAACUUCGAGUACAAGAUGUCCAACAUUCUGGACAAGCCUCUGGAGUCAGUGUUUGGAUACAUCACUGUCCUUCCCGGUGCACUCAGUGCAUACCGAUUCUUUGCUUUGCAGAACGACGCCGACGGCAAUGGGCCUCUGAACCAGUACUUCAAGGGUGAGACGUUGCACGGCAAGGACGCGGAUGUCUUCACAGCGAAUAUGUACUUGGCUGAGGAUCGUAUUCUCUGCUGGGAGCUGGUGGCCAAGAGGGAAGAGAGAUGGGUUCUGCGAUUCGUGAAAAGUGCUGUUGGUGAGACCGAUGUUCCUGAUACUAUUCCUGAGUUUAUCUCCCAGCGUCGGCGAUGGCUGAACGGUGCAUUCUUCGCAGCCGUAUACUCGAUCGUCAACGGAAGGCAGCUCUGGAAGACUGACCACUCGCUGGUCCGCAAAAUUCUUCUGCAGAUCGAGAGUUUCUAUCAGUUUAUGCAGCUCCUCUUCACGUACUUUGGCUUGGCGAACUUCUACCUGGUCUUCUACUUCAUUGCUGGAUCGCUUACCGACCAAAAAAUCGACCCCUUUGGACACAACAUCGGGAAGUACAUCUUCGUUAUCCUACGGUAUGCCUGCAUUCUGGUCAUGGCCCUGCAAUUCAUCAUCUCGAUGGGUAAUCGACCACAAGGUGCCAAAAAGCUCUACCUGUCCGGUAUCAUUGUGUACGGUAUUAUUAUGUUCUACACAAUCUUUUGCACGCUAUACUUGAUCGUCAUCGAGUUCAUGGCAAGAUUUGGUGGAUACACAAAGGUCACUGUUAGCAACGGACUGUUUGUGAAUAUCGUCAUGUCCAUGCUUUCAACCGUGGGCCUUUACUUCUACUCGUCCUUCCUAUACCUGGACCCCUGGCACAUGUUCACCUCCUCCGCACAGUACUUUAUCCUUCUGCCGAGCUACAUCUGUACUCUGCAGGUCUACGCCUUUUGCAACACCCACGAUGUCACCUGGGGUACCAAGGGUGACAACGUGAUGAACACUGACCUUGGAGCUGCACGAACCAUCAAUGGCACCACGGUCGAAAUCGAGAUGCCCUCCGAGCAACUCGACAUCGACAGCGGCUACGACGCCGCCCUGCGGAACCUCCGUGACAGGGUGGAGGUUCCUGAGGCGCCCAUCUCCGAGAGCCAACUGCAGGAAGACUACUACCGCGCCGUGCGAACGUACAUGGUCUCCAUUUGGAUGGUGGCCAACGUCGUUCUCGCCAUGGCGAUCUCGGAGGUCUACGGCCCCGACUCGGGCGGCACGAACAUCUACCUCUCCAUCAUCCUGUGGUCGGUGGUUGUUUUGGCGCUCAUCCGCACCAUCGGAUCCACCACCUACGCCAUCCUCCUGGUGGUGCAGAAGAUCGUCGAAGGCAAGACCAAGUUCGAUGCGGGCAACCUCGCCAACGCGAGUGCAACGGCUAGCUCGUCGGGCCGGACGAACACCACAGCUUACCGGUACGGUGGAGGCGCGACGAUGAAGGAUAAGUUUUCGGAGGCGGGAUGGACGAUGAAAAGACAGUUGGGGAAGGCCAUGUUCUGGAGGAAGUAG